AAUAUUUCUAAUGAGAAAAUGGAGAAAUUUUGACAGAUGAUUGAAGGCAAGGAAUUCACUAUGCAGACAAGAUAGCUUCCACAAGUCAGAAAGUGUUUCCCAAUAUUAGCACUUCCUCUGCUAUUUGUGAUACAAGUGCAAUUGAAUAAAAAUGUCUAAGUCAAAAGGUGGCGAGUCUGUGAAGGUGGUGGUGCGAUGUCGGCCAAUGAAUGAAAAGGAGACGGCACAGGGACAUGAAAGGGUGGUUGAGAUGGACACCAAACGUGGUGUGAUCACAAUCAAAAAUCCUAAAGGUUCCUCUACCGAUGCACCCAAGACAUUCACAUUUGAUUCAGUUUAUGAUUGGAAUUCGAUUCAGCGUGACCUGUAUGAUGAGACGUUCAGAGACCUGGUGGAUUCUGUCCUCCAGGGUUUCAACGGGACCAUAUUUGCCUACGGGCAGACCGGAACCGGUAAGACGUUUACGAUGCAGGGCGUGAAGAACGACCCAGAAAUGCGAGGAGUCAUCCCAAACUCGUUUGAGCACAUCUUCCAACACAUCGCCAGAACCGAGAACCAGCAGUUUCUGGUUAGGGCUUCGUACUUAGAAAUUUAUCAGGAGGAUAUCCGAGACUUGUUAUCAAAAGACCAAACGAAGCGACUUGAGAUGAAGGAGCGACCAGAUACGGGUGUUUACGUCAAGGAUCUCUCCUCGUUUGUUACAAAAAGCGUCAAAGAAAUCGAACAUGUGAUGAAUGUCGGCAAUCAAAACAGAUCAGUUGGUGCUACAAAUAUGAAUGAACACAGUUCACGGUCGCAUGCUAUUUUCAUCAUCACGGUCGAAUGCAGUGAGAUUGGUGUAGAUGACAAAGCCCACAUCAGGGUUGGCAAGUUGAAUCUGGUUGAUUUGGCUGGAAGUGAGCGACAGGCCAAGACUGGGGCUGUGGGUGAUCGGCUAAAAGAGGCCACCAAGAUUAACUUGUCGCUGUCCGCUCUUGGUAACGUGAUAUCUGCAUUGGUCGAUGGUAAAAGCACACACAUUCCUUAUCGUGAUUCCAAACUCACGCGAUUACUUCAGGACUCCCUUGGUGGAAAUGCAAGAACUGUGAUGGUUGCCAACAUUGGUCCUGCAAGUUAUAAUUUUGAUGAAACUGUUACGACGUUGAGGUAUGCCAAUCGUGCCAAAAACAUCAAGAACAAACCUAAGAUUAACGAAGAUCCGAAGGACGCGUUGCUGAGGGAGUUCCAGGAGGAGAUCGCCCGACUCAAGGGUCAGCUCGACACGAAAGGCGGACCACGCAGGAAGAAGAAGAAGAAGAAGAGGAGGCAGAGGAGAGGUCCAGACGGCGAGAUGCUAUCAGAAGAAGAGACUGAUGAGGAAUCGGAUGAUGAAGAAGGAGCAGAGCAGGACGAGGAGGAAUUCAUGAGGGAGCAGCAAGAGAAGCUGGAUCAGGAGAAGAUGGCCAUUAUGAACAAUCAGACCAUGAUCGCUGAGGAGCGAGACAAGAUAAUGCAGGACUUGAAACACCAAGAGCAGCGCUUGAACAAGGAGCGUGAGAUGAAGGAGCAGUUAGCGAACAAGAUCAAAGCCAUGGAAAGCAAGCUGCUGUGUGGUGGAAAGAAUAUCGUGGACCAUACCAACGAACAGCAGAGGGCGCUGGAACAACGACGACACGAGAUUGCUGAGCAGAAGAGAGUUGAGCGGGAGAUUGCCCAGAAACUUGAAGAGAAGGAAGACGUGGCGCUCGAGUUACAAGAGACCUUCCAGUCACUGCAACAGGAGGUGGAGGUCAAGACAAAGAAGUUGAAGAAACUCUUCUACAAGUUACAAGUUUGUAAACAGGAGAUUUCAGAUCUGCAAGAGGAACAUAUCAAUGAGAGACAGGAGCUUGAGCAGACGCUAAAUGAAUUGACCAGGGAGGUCAAACUUAGACAACUGAUAAUUGAGAACUUUAUUCCACCUGAUGAUAAGAACAAGAUCAUGAACCGUGCCAGAUAUGACGAAGAGGAGGACAACUGGAAGCUGGAACCUCUCACAAAGAGCGGGCCCCUGACCAUGGCCAAGCGUCCCCAGUCAGCCGUGGGUAACCGGCGUCCGAUCAGCGAAUAUGCAAAGGUGAUGGCCGCCACGCAGAUCAAUGCAAGCUUUAGAUAUAAGGGAGAGAAUAUCCUGAUGGUUGAGCUAGAUAUGCCAAGUCGGACGACCCGGGACUACGAAGGUCCCGCAGUGGCCCCAAGAGUGCAAGCUGCCUUGGAUGCAGCGCUACAGGACGAGGAUGACCUUGAUAUACAGGUGGACGGGAGUCCGUCAGUGUUCAGUAGUAAAGCCAAAUUGAAGACGAAAAGAAAAGAUAAAAUACCAGUUAGAAAAACAAAAAAAGAAGAAUUUCCCACGUCGAGAGGCCUCGUUCCGAAGUGAUGGUGUCAAUUUGAUAAGCGUUGCAUUGUACAGACCUGUUUCCUAUUGGUCACCGCUCUAGGUUUCCGCUACUACUUCAUCGGUUUGGCCACACUGAUUGGUCGACAAAUAUGCCAUAUCGUACUCUUCAUCAUCAUGACAGGAAUUCUAAAAAUAGCACAAAAAAACUAGCACUUCCAUUGGUUCAUUCUCAUCACAUGGUUUUUUGUCGUAUCAAGGAUUCAGCAGAAAAGUUUUGAAUUUGUGAAAAUUUUGUUGGUUUUCUUUUUUAAAGGGAGAAACAUUUUACCACGGUCUUAUCGUCAUUAGAGAUGUUAAGAUGAAUUUCCAACUCCGAUUCAGUCUCAUAGGUGAGUCGGGGUUUAAUUCCGAAAUUCAUAACGUCUCUGUUAUCAUGAAUGAAUAGUACUGAAAAAAACAGGUUUUUAUGGAGAACUGGGUAAGUCUUUUUCCAUCUGAAUAUCAAAAUAAAUUAGACAAUGGUAAAAAAAAACAUGAGACCAGAAUUGGUUGGCCUGAGUUUAGGUUUAAGUUAGGUUCAUCUUGAACACAACACCUUUGUGAGCCAUACAUAUUUUACCGUAUAACUUGUGUGUUUUGUUGAAAUACUGCUUGAUCCAGACCAAUACUCCACUGUGGCAAAAAGAUAAAGUAUGUAUGGUUCUGCAACAAUCUCCGCUUAUCAAAUAUAUGUUACGUUGAAAAGCUUUCAAAUAUUGUAAACCCUUUUAUUUUUGUGGCUCUAAAUUUUUGCAGAAAUGUCCUUUUCAGAUUUCAUUACCGUUAAAUUCCCAUGGGUUUUCAACGAAAAUAUUAGGUUAGAAACUUUUAUUCUCAUUUGAUUAGAUUGCAUUACAGAAUCCACUUCUGCCCUCCAAGACCAUCCCACCCAACACCAUUAAACUACAUUAGCCUUCCAAUGUGCAGGUUUUACCAAAAGAUUUAUCUCUUUAAACCAAAAAAGCCGUGUCCUGUGUUACUUGUGUAUGCUGCAUGCAUUGACUGUGUCAUCUAUUGUGUGCUAUGAAGAAAAAAAAUGCUUUGUGUGAAAAAAAUCAAAUUGAAUUAAUGGCCAGGUGUGUUUCAACUUCAACAGACAAACUCUCCUCAUGAAAUGCAUAUAUCUCAGUGCAAGUAAGUGUUGUUAUCAAGGGCAAUAAUGGAAGCCGUCAGCUGCCCAGCCACUUAUACUCACAGUAGUAGUUCCCAUCAUCGAAUUUGAUAUAAAAUGGACAAAUUCAAAAUCGGACUGGUUUAUCAUCCCACUCCCCAUCUUAUUUCCGACUGAAACUUCGGUACAACAUUCAUCUUCGUGUGGAUCAAUGCAUUGACGAAGCGCUGCGUGAAGGCGAGAACCUACUCUGUGACGUCACCGUGAAGACCCCGCUUCUAUGACGACAAUGAAAUUGACAUUACAUCGUGAUGGAGGGCAUGGUGGGGUGAUGUAAAGUGCAACCUUGGGUGCACCUGGGCGGUUGGAAGUUUUCCUGCAUCUGGCGGUGUGUGUCUUUGUGCUGAAAAUAACAAAUAACAUAGUUUUCUAGUAUCGAGCAGUUGUAACAAAAUGGGAAAAACACUAAUUCAUUUAGGGAAAAAUACCUUUAUUUCUUUGAUAGAGUUGAUGCCUCUAUGAAUGACUGCUUUGCAUUUGGCUGAAUCGGCAGGUUUCCUUCUUUGGAAAAUUUCUGUUAUAGGUGUGCUGAAUUAAAGAUCUUGGUUUUGAAGAAGUUGAAACAUCACCUGGUCUCCUCGGCCGUAGCAGACGAUAUUGAAUUAUUGAGAUGUAUAUAUAUGGAUGUAUAUAUUUAUUUGCACUAUUGUAUUUUGCAUGCUUUUUGUAGAGAUGAAAAAUGACUUGGCAAGUUUGCCAAGAUGAUGUGUUUGUCCAAGUCGUGAGGUGAGGUGUCAAAGACUAUUGUAAGACACCGCCUAUAUGCCUUAUAAUCUGGUUACGACACACUUUAUCCCGAUCCAAGGGGUUUUCGAUAUCUCACCAAAACCUCUGUGGUCAAACCGAGGCUAACACAUGACUCCUUAUAAAAAUAAAACAUUGUAACCAAGGUUUUUUAGAAUGUGUAAUAUAAUCAGCAUGACUUAUCUAAUUUUACAAAGGUCCCAAGAAAUCAAAUAAUAUGAGAUUAAUGUGCUAAUCAUGUUUUUGACGAUGUUAUAGCAUGCUUGUAUGAUCUUUUACUAAAGGUCUGUGUGGAUUUCAACAUAGAUUAUUGGGUGUACUUAGAUGUUAUGAGAUUCAGACGUGGAAUACUCAAAAAGUGUCGGCCUUGUUCCUUCAAAACAUAUCUUAGUUGUGCAAGUGUAACAAGUCUUGACAUAACGUGAUCUGGAUGUAAAACCCUGCAUUUUUUUCCCAUAAAGGCGCCAUUGGUUUACACUGCUGGCUAUUACCAAAAACUCGUUACUUACACAAUAGCCACAGGAUUGUAUUCUAGAUGAACGGGCGUAGCUUUCAAGGAAUUUAAAUUUCUAACUCCUCACAACAAGUUUGAGGCUCAAUAUGAGGUGAAUUAAUAAGCGUUUGUUGGAUGAGACUUAAGGUUAUGAGUGUCUAUGCCAGGGCAAGUAAAAGAUCCCACAUAGGUGGACAGUAGUCUAUAGUUGACUCCAUACCACCGGGGACUUGAAUGACAAUUUAUCUUAAAAAUAGACGCUCUGCACAGCCACUUCAGGCUCUGCGUCAGAAUGUUUUGUUGUGUCAUUAUGCACUUAUCGUAUUUGAUUUAACUCUGUCAUCCACCAUAUACAUGUAGUACGUUAUUGUACGGUUUAGCUAAUACUUUAAGAUCUGUUUAUUAUUUAUUGAUAUUUAUGUUUAUUUAUCAGCCAUUGUUUGUUGGUAUGUGUAUUGUGCCAUCUUAGACACAUUUUGGACAUCGACAAUCUUACAAAUCAGAGACAUUCUAAACCCGUUAUUUUUAUGGUCUGAAAACCAAAGUAGUAAAUCGAACGGAUGGAGCCCUAUUUAUUGACCAAACAUAUGAUAUUUAUUCCGGUGUUCAUUGGCAUCACAAUGACAGUGACUAUUUCGAGAUUCCUGAAUUGAAUCUUCUGCAGAGAGAGCUUAUAAAUUAUCGCAUAGGCUCAACCCUCUUGCAUAUCAGCAUCAGAAUCAGUUGUCCAUCUUGGCUUAUGCAUUGAGUGAGUCCCGUAAAGUCGAAAACCAGCAUGAUGUGACCGACAGGCACCACCUGACGGUAUACUGUAGUUUGAGACUGCAGAAUGGGUCAGAUAUCUAGAAACUGGGACUUGAUGACAGUUGGAACAAUCGGUUGCUUUUCACCCUAUAGUGAACUGUCUGUGGGUUCAGUUGCAUUAAAAUGCAUUGUGCAAAAUAUUUUCUCAGAUUACCUGUAGUUAGUUCAGUCAUCUCUGAUAUUUGUGCUGGCCAGUAGCUUAGAUCUGUGUAGAUUAAACAUGAAGAAAAAACUGCUGAAACUUGAUUGUUUGCUCUGUCACACCCAUCUUUAUUGUCUUGUAUAUAAUAAAUUUCCAU